CCUCAAACUCUCUUGUCUGCUUUGAGCUUGAGAUAGAUCAACCGAGAGAUCCUAGAGAAAGAAAAAACUCCUUCGUCCUAAUUGAUCCAUUCUUCUCCAUGGCCACGAAUUUCGUCAUUCCGACUAAAAUGAAGGCUUGGGUGUAUGGCGAGCACGGAGACGUCGCCAAUGUGUUGAGAUUGGACCCAGAAUUCGAGGUCCCUGAAGUGCAAGAAGGCCAGGUGCUGGUUAAAGUCCUCGCCGCGGCGCUCAAUCCGAUUGACACCAUGAGAGUGAAUGGGGUUUACCAGCUCCCGGGCUUCUCUUUACCGGCCGUCCCGGGCUACGAUCUCGCCGGCAUUGUUGUGAUGGUGGGCCGGGAAGUGAAGGAGCUGAAUGUUGGGGACGAGGUAUAUGGAUUUACGUGGCACGCCAAGAAACACGGGACGCUGGUUGAAUACACGGCCGUGGAAGAGUCGUACUUGGCUUUGAAGCCCAAGAAGCUGAGUUUCGAGGAGGCUGCUUCUUUGCCGGUGGUCAUUCAGACUGCCUAUGGAGGCCUUGAAAGAGCUGGCCUCUCUCACGGCAAGUCCCUCCUUGUCUUGGGUGGUGCUGGUGGUGUCGGCACACUCGCAAUACAGCUCGGUAAGGAAGUUUUUGGCGCAUCAAGAGUAGCAGCUACAUCUAGCACUGGGAAGCUAGAUUUGUUGAAGAGUUUGGGUGCUGAUCUGGCCAUCGACUACACCAAGGUCAACUUUGAAGACCUCCCAGAAAAGUUUGAUGUUGUCUAUGUUGCAAUUGGGCAAAGUGAGCGGGCAGUGAAGGCUGUGAAGCCAGGAGGGAGCGUGGUGACCAUAGUAGAACAUCAGAAGACAUUACCACCGCCGGCUUUCUCUUUCGUAGGAACAUCGGACCGUUCGACCUUGGAGAAGUUGAGGCCCUUCUUGGAGAGUGGGAAGGUGAAGCCAGUGAUCGAUCCCAAGAGCCCGUUCCCAUUUUCGCAGGCCAUUGAGGCCUUCUCGUAUCUCCAAACUGGCCGGGCAACCGGAAAAGUCGUGAUCCACCGCGUCCCAUGAAGCACACACGAGAAAGAAAUAGAUCGUCCACAUUGAUCUGUCUUAAUCACGAGUCCUUGAUUAGGAGUCGAUGGUGCUUGCUCUUGUCUGUUUAUAUUCAGCUUCUCUUUGUAUAAAAGUUACUAUAUAGGGCGGUUAGAGAUAGUGUGAUGGAACUUUACAUAGUCUCCAAAGUGUGCCCUUGUUGUCAAAAAUAAAUUUUGAUGGUGGUAUAUAUGAAUAUCCUUUCAAUUAUGAUGGCCAA